CUUAACUGUAAACCAAGCAACCAAUCAAAAAUCAAAAUGUUCAAAUACGUCGCAUUCUUUGCCCUCCUCGCUGUUGCUGCUGCCAAGCCCGGUCUGCUCGCUGAGACACACACCAUCGUUCAACCAGCUGUGGUUGCUAAAACUGCCUAUGUCGAUACUAGUGCAUCCUCGGCCAUAACUCACCAGAGCCAUGUGAACCUUGUCAGGAAGGUGCCAGUUGUUCCAGUUGUCCACGCCGCACCCGUCGUACAUGCAGCCCCCGUCUUGAAGACCAUCUCCGCUCCAGUGGUACAUGCAGCCCCUGUGGUUCACUCAGCUCCGGUUGCGCACGCUGCUCCUGUAUUUCAUGCUGCUCCCGUUGUUCACGCCGCUCCAGUCGUACAUGCCGCCCCAGUUGUACACUCCGUAGUCCACUCAGCUCCUCUUGUUAAAACAGUAGUCUCAUCUCCUUUGACCUACAGCAUCCACCAUUAAUAAAAUAACCUGAAUGUGAUUUAAAAAAUCGAACGGUUUGCA